CAAGCAUUCCGAAACAAAGAGCCGGCCACACAAGAACACCAAGAACCUUCUCCUCCGAUCCUUCCUUAAUAUCCAACCUAGAUAUCUGCGGGCACACGCGCGUGCAAUCGAGGCCAGCGCGCGCGGUGGUAGGUGGGAGAGAUGGAGGCGAGCUCGGCGGCGUCUCCGGACCUCUCCCUGCACAUCAGCCUGCCCAGCACCGGGCCGCCCACGGGCUCGGCGCCCGGCGUCGGCGGGCGCGCACCUGUGGGAUCGGGCGGCGGGGACCCCUGGAGGAGGCUGAACGGCUCCACGGCGUCCACGGAGCUGUCGCUGUCGCCGCCCCUGCUGGCGGCCGAGCAGGAGGGCGCCGCGCUGCCGUGGCGGCACAGGCCGUCGGUUGCCGUUGCGUCUUCCGCGGCCACGACGUCUCCCGGCGCCCCGCUGAUGACCAUGCCCAUGCUGCAGCCCUUGGACGCGGGUGUCGGCGGCGUGUCGGCGUCGCCGCCAAUCCGUGGGAUACCAAUCUACAACGGCGCCGGGGGCUUCCCGUUCCUGCCGCCGGCGCCCGGGGGAGGAGACGGCCACCAUCUCCCGAAGGUCGGGUUCUACAGCUCCUACCACCAUCACCACCCCGCGACGUGGCCGUCGUCGCUUGGAUCCACGUCGCCGUCCUCUCUCGUGCCGGGGGCGCCUCCGCCCGCUACUUCCUUCGACCCCACGAUGCCGUUUCUCUCCCCCGCAGCGCACCAUCGGAUGCUGUCGGCCUCCGGCAGACUUAAUGGCAUGCUCUCGGAUACCCUCCGCGGGUACGGAGGCGCCGGCGGCGGCAUCGGUAUGGGCAUCGCCGGGCACCACCACCACCUUCACGGCGCGCAGCCGUUCGGCCUGGCAUCCCGUUUUAUGCCCAAGCUCCCAUCCAAGCGCAGCAUGCGCGCCCCUCGCAUGCGCUGGACCAGCACCCUCCACGCCCGCUUCGUCCACGCCGUCGAGCUCCUCGGCGGCCACGAGAGGGCGACGCCCAAGUCUGUCCUGGAGCUCAUGGACGUGAAGGAUCUGACGCUAGCGCAUGUCAAGAGCCAUCUCCAGAUGUAUCGAACCGUCAAGAGCACUGACAAGCCUGCGGCCUCCUCAGGCCCGACCGACGGCGGCUCCGGUGACGAGGACUUCCCUAGCACCGGCCAGGCUGGGUCCGGCGACAACAACAGGAGGCAGUUCCCGGAACACCGGUCCACCUCUGAGGGCGCGGCAAGCUCUGUCGGUGGCGGCGGCGGAGGUGGCGACAUGGACCAGACUUCGGCCGGCAACACUAGCACCAGGUGGAGCAACUCCUCAAGGGACCCAUGGCUGUCCUCCAAUUCCUGUAACAUGGACGCUCAUCGCUCCAUAGGACUGUCUUCUCCAAUGGAGAACAUGGAGCCCUGCAGAUCAAGCGGCUCGCAGGUGUCGAACCACGAGCUGAGCAGCCCAAGCCUAGAGUUCACGCUGGGGAGACCUGACUGGCACGGCGCGGAUCAUGACUAGCCAGCCAUCACCAAGCUUACAAAGAAAAAAAAAACCUAGCAACAAGCUAAUUUUCGGUCCAAGAUACACCAUUAGUGAUUAUCUUCUAGUUGAGUUUGCCCCGCAAAAUUCCUCCGUUCCAAGGGCUCCGGCCAAGAAGUCAGUUUUCAGAUACUUUCAGCAGGAGAGGAGCAUAUCGGCGCGUUAGCCGGCGAAAGCUAUAUAUACCAGAUCGAUCUCUGUUAAUUCUUAGUUACUUUUGGGGUUUUCUUCUAUAUAUCUUUCGCCGGCUGAUGCAGGAAUGCUUCUAGCCAAGUUAGGAUAGUUUUGCAUCUCCUUUUCUUUAGUUUUGUGUCCUUCUUCAGUGGCGAGAUUACAGUAGUAGUGUUUGGGUGUGCAUGUUUGAAUGGGCGUGUUCGUGGACCGUAUCAUGAGCACAUGGAAAGUUGGAAAGGCCCAAGAUGAGACUAGAAAAAAAAAAGAUAAAAGGAAUGAGUUCUGAUGAAGCAAUCUAUGGAUGCAUGACGGAAUGAUUUGAUCAA